UCUUCACUCGCGAAAUAAAAGAAAUUCCCAACUGAUUUUCGCGAGAGAAAAUUAACUUUCUCGAGAAAAUUGAACAAAGCGCGAAACGAAUUAUGGUUCAGUGAUCCCGAGCCCUAAACCGGUCAGUCCAGGGACGAUGAGGUCGAACCUUGCUAAGUCUUUGAGAACAUACAAAGAUUUCUCUUUGAUCUGUGAUGGAAGGAGAGCGAGCCAAGAUUUCUUCGAACACGAAGAAAGUGGAUCCGGAAAAUGGGGAAGUAAUAAACUGGGAAGAUUUCCAGCAAGAGCUUGCGCGACUAUGGAGUCUUUCUUCUGCUCUCACUGAAGCUAAGGAAAAGAAACAGAGCCUUCACCAGAAGCUCGAUCCCCUUAUUCAGGUUGAAGCUGAGUCACUAAAUAGAUCAAAUGAGCUUGAGGAAAUGCGUGAGAAACUGGAAUUAAGGAAAAAGAUGUUGGAAAACUUGUCAACGUGCCAUAAAAAAGCUGCGGAGAAUGUUAAAAAGAAAGAGGAGCAGCUAAAUGGUGAUGUUAAUUCACUAUUAUUUCGUGGGACUGCUCUUUCUGCUGUUCGGAACCGGUUGCAGGAAUCAAAUGAGUUUCUUUCUGGAGGAAAGGGGUAUAUUCGUCUUAAAAAAGUGGAAAAGAAGCUAAGAAUGAGACAGCAGCAUAUGGUGUCACAAGUUGCAUUGCUCUAUCCUGUAAAAAUCUCUGCAGGAGCUACACAGGACCAGGAGCUUGAUUCAUUUCCUAACAGUAGCAAACUAGGGCUUUCUGCUGGAACUAAGCCUGUGAAUCCUGGAUCUUUGGCAAUUUUGGGUCUGCAGUUGACAAUGGUUCCUUUUAAAACGAUGUCUCUUUUCUCAGACAAGAAAGAGGCUCAGAAGACUUCAAGUGCUCUGGGAUAUGUUGGUCAUGCUGUUCAACUUAUAGCUUCGUACUUGAAAGUUCCACUACGGUACCCUGUGCGCUUUGGUGGCUCUCGUUCAUAUAUUAUUGACUAUGCACCAUCAGCAGAGCCUACAUCUUCUACAUCGUCUGGUUUGCAGUCAAAUACAUCUCCUUCGACAAACAUAAAGCAAGUUGAAUUCCCCCUUUUUUUAGAUGGCAAUGACACAACAAGAACUGCUUAUGCUGUAUUCUUACUGAACAAGGAUUUAGAGGAGCUUUUAAAUUACAUUGGUGUCAAUAGUUUAGGACCAAGCCAUGUACUAGCUAAUUUGAAGGAGCUUGUAAGGACUAUUCAAUCUGCAGAUUAUAUUGAUACGUGAACCGAAUCUCGAAUGCCCAGUUGAACCAAAUACAAUAAUUGUUUAUAGUUCUUACACUUUUUACACGGGUGCAAAUUUUUUAGGGGAGCACCUUGCCACAAAGAUUUGUACUAAUAAUGUUGUGAUUAAUGCAAAUUGUUUCUUUGGUGGCA